AUGGCCAACAUGUUCAACAACUUUGAGGCGGUCCGAGGAAUCAAGCAAGAAGCGGAAACCCAGUUUACCAUUGCCAUUUGUGUGCAGUGUGACCAACCGUUCUACGACGAGGACAACGAUGACACUAGCUGUGUCCAUCACGAUGGCUUGCUAGAGGUCAAUUACAAAGCUGAAGUCUGGGAAAACAUUGAUGACGAUGGCCCAAUUGAUUCUUCAGAAAAUGAGGACGAGGUUCCCGAGGGCUUUAACUGGACCUGUUGUGGCACAGUCGGCACCUCUGCGGGUUGUAAAAAGGGCCCGCAUCAGGCAGAUCCCGAAAAGUCGAGGAAAGGCGGUCAUGCUUCGGGGAGCAAGCCCAAGAAUGAUGAGUAA